AUAUUUACGGCAAAGAAAACGCUAUCUCGAAUGUUCAUAAACGCAAAAUAAAUGGUAUAUAGAAAACUCACUAUAUUUAGAUAUAUUAAAUUUACAUCAGCGUACCUUUUUUUGUAAGCUUUUUUAUUAGUUUCAUAAAUUCCAUUGUGGACUAUUUUUAGAGGUUUCUCUAUUUGUAAGAAGGUAGAGAGAGAAACAAAGAGGAAAGUAAAAAUAAAUGGAAGGGAAAGAGAAAGAGAAAGAGAAAGAAGAAGCGAAGAGGACAAUGAUCAUGAAGAUCAACAAACUCAAGGAGACACCUCAAGAGAUAAGCCAAGAAGACGCUAAAAGACAAGAAGCUUACAACAUGUCUCCACGUGUACGUGGUGGUAGUGGCUCGGCGGGUAUGGGAAAGUCGUCGAGCGUGAGGCUAAACUGUUUAUGCGCACCAACAACACACCCUGGCUCCUUCCGGUGCCGUUACCACCGUCGCAACUCUGCACUCGGAAUGUCACGUGGCAUAUCUGUUCCCUCUAACCUUUCCAUGUUGGGAGGAGGAGGCUCUCCUAAAUCCUAAAGUCGUCGUCUCAUGAUUUAAUAAGCUAUAUAAUGUGUUUUUUUUUUCUCAAUUCAAAACCUCUCCAAUGUGUUUGUGUGUAUAUAGAACGUGAGACAAGGUGUGGUUUUC